ACCAAUCCGAAGUUUUCGACUGCACGACGUGGUGCUCAACAACAGUAAUCCUGCCAGCAAAUAUAUCCAGUGUUCUGCUUGCGACACAUCUACACCUCUAUUAUUAGUGUUCAACAUCUUGAAAAAAUGGCAGAGAGUGAUUGGGAUACAGUUACUGUGCUGAGGAAGAAGGGAUCCGCAGCACAAUCAAAGUCAAAACAGGCUGUGGUUGCUGCACAGAGACGCGGAGAAGACGUAGAAACGUCAAAGAAGUGGGCUGCCGGACAAAACAAGCAGCAUCUCGUGACUAAGAACACAGCCAAGUUGGAUCGCGAGACAGAAGAGCUGCAUCACAACCGAGUCCCUCUGGAGGUGGGGAAAGUCAUCCAGCAAGGCCGCCAGGACAAAGGGCUUACUCAGAAGGAUCUGGCAACCAAAAUUAAUGAGAAGCCACAAAUCAUUGCAGAUUAUGAAGCAGGAAGAGCUAUCCCCAAUAACCAGAUAAUGGGGAAAAUUGAGAGAGCUAUUGGUCUCAGAUUGCGUGGAAAAGACAUUGGGCAGCCUCUAGACGCAGGUCCAAAGAAGAAAUGAAAGACAAAUCCUCGAAGUCCUCCAAUUACCCUAACAUCAUCUUUACUACAUCACCAAUGUGUUUGAUAUGCUAGCACUUGAAGCAAAUCUUAGCUGACUACUGUUGCUAUGAGUAAUGUGAUUAAUUUUUAAUCAAUGGACCAUACAGCUCUUCUUUUACUGCAUGACGGAAGUAUAUCUCAUUUAUAAAUUCAUUUUUGAGGUAUUGCUCAAUAAAUAUGCUGCAUUGGGUUUGAAAUUUGUGCUGCAAUUGUAAAGGUUGGGGUCAAAUUGGGCUGAACUUGCUUUUUUCAGCAAGGUUAUUUCCCUCCCUUCCCAAGAAGACACGUCUGGGAUAUUGCAUAAUUUAACUUUUUUAAAUUUUUAUUCUUGA